AUGACCAAAACAGUAAUAACACUGAUAGUGAAGAAGAAUCUUGCCAAGAAAACAAUAUUAUUAAUGACGAAAUGUUUACAAUAACUAAUUCUGGAAAUAGGAUAACUGCUGUUAACUUAAGAAUUGACUAUAUGUAUCGUGGAAAACAAUUAGAAAAUAUUGAAAAUGAUCUUAACAUCAAUAACUUAACUUUAGAUCCGUAUAUGAUAAUGCGUUCUGGUCUAAAUAAUACAAAAUUUGUUGAUGAUACAAUGUUCCAUUUGUAUCUUAAUAAAAAGUUUAAUACGGAAAAUAAAACAGUCUUCCAAAAUGAAACUAGUAAUUCGUAUAAUAAUGACCAAAUAAGACCUUCUAAUGAAAAUGACGAUUAUCUAAUUCGACAAUA